CGCGGGCGCCGCGGGUCGCACCGCCGCCCGGAAGCCGCAGGUUGGCGGCAGGGGGCCAUGGCUGCCGCGGCCCUGCGAGGUGUCGCGCGCGCUCUGCGGCCCGCAAGCGGGCUUCUGGGAACUUGGCAGAUGCAGAUUAGAGACACUCACCAGCGAGCCUCGUUGUUAUCCUUCUGGGAGCUCAUUCCCAUGAGAUCAGAACCUCUUCGAAAGAAGAAGAAGGUAGAUCCUAAAAAAGACCAAGCAGCAAAGGACCGCUUGAAAAAGAGGAUCCGAAAACUGGAAAAGGCUAGCCAAGAGUUAAUUCCCAUUGAAGAUUUUAUUACCCCUGCGAGAUUCUUGGAUAAAGCAAGACAGCGGCCUGAGGUGGAGCUCUCCUUUGAGGAGAGCGAGCGGAGAGCUCUGCUUCUGAAGAGCUGGUCCCUGUACAAGCAGCAGGAACAUGAGAUGGAGAAAGACGCCAUCAGGGCCAUGCUGGAGGCUCAGCAGGAAGCUCUGCAGGAGCUGCAACUUGAGUCGCCAGAGCUCCACACUGAGGCCAUCAAGCGGGACCCCGGCCUGUUCCCCUUUGAGAAGAAAGGGCCAGAUUACACACCACCAGUCUCUAACUAUCAGCCCCCUGAAGGCAGGUACAAUGAUAUCACCAAGGUGUACACACAGAUGGAGUUCAAGAAAUAGAAUUGCAGGCAGCUGUCCUCAGAACACACUGCUUCUGGGAAUCAGAAUGACCAAGGUUCAAGUCUGCUUUCCAGAGAGUCAGGCAUGCUGUUAAUAAAUACAAGUUUAAUCAAAA